AUGCUCGGACGAGUACUCCUGCUGGCAGCGAGCAAGGGUUAUAUCUGGCUCUCUCUAACCAUGGGCCUGCGUGCAGAGGGCAACCACCUGCCCCCCCUCCUCGUUCUGAACGAUCUCACACCGAGAAGCUGA